GUGGCCUUCGUUCCCAGCCACCCUGAUGCACGCCCUCGUAAUCCGGCUUGCUGGUUUAGACCCCAAGGUACGAGGAAAUUAAGCGGUCCCUCCUUCCUCGCCCGCUCGGUUUUCCCGGGAAUCUGCUCUCGCCUCCAAACACGGUGGUCUCCGCUCUCCCUGCAGAUUUCCCGCUGAGAGAGUCAGCAAAGCUUUCUGCAGCAGCCCACCCGGAACACCAUGAAUCUGUUCCGCUUCCUGGGAGACAUCUCGCAUCUGCUGGCCAUAAUCAUCUUGCUGUUGAAGAUCUGGAAGACCAGGUCCUGUGCUGGAAUCUCUGGGAAGAGCCAAGCUCUUUUUGCCAUUGUCUUCACUACUCGGUACCUAGAUCUAUUUACCAACUACAUUUCGUUGUACAACACCUCCAUGAAGGUGGUGUAUGUUGCCUGUUCCUAUGCAACAGUAUGGAUGAUCUAUAGCAAAUUCAAAGCCACCUAUGAUGGCAACCAUGACACCUUCAGAGUGGAGUUCCUGGUUAUUCCUACAGCAGUGUUAGCUUUCUUAGUGAAUCAUGAUUUCACACCCCUAGAGAUUCUCUGGACCUUCUCCAUCUACCUGGAGUCAGUGGCUAUUUUGCCACAACUCUUCAUGGUCAGUAAAACAGGUGAGGCAGAGACCAUCACAAGUCAUUAUCUCUUCGCUUUGGGAGUCUACCGUGCCCUCUACCUGUUCAACUGGAUUUGGCGUUACCAGUUUGAGGGCUUCUUCGACCUCAUUGCCAUUGUGGCUGGCUUGGUGCAAACUAUACUAUACUGCGAUUUCUUCUACCUCUACAUUACAAAAGUUCUAAAAGGCAAGAAGUUGAGUUUGCCUGCAUAAGUUGAGAUCAAGGCGGCAAUACUUUGGCCAAGGAGGAUGAAGGGAAUGCUUCACAGAAAAUUAGACACGCAGAUUCAGAUUAAAAAAAAAAAAAAGUUAGUGACCUAUUGAU